AUGUGCAGCUGCUCAAUAUCCACAACCUGUGACAGCAAAGUUCCUGGGCAUGGGAGCAACGACAGCACAUUCGCGUUUGGCUUUCAAGGCAGCCAAUGGAUACCCCUGAACAACCGAUACAUGCUCAUGUUCUUGGCCAUGGCUGACGUCAUUUGUCUGGAUGAAAUCAUCAUGGCCAAGGCCGCCUUCCUGCAGCAGCUGCACCAACGCUGCCUGGAUGCUUGCCCUAACGUACCCACCAUGCUGCCUUUUGCGGGAAAGAUAAUCCUGCUUGGCGGUGACAAGCACCAGCUGGCCGCCAUGUGUGACAGAACCUGUGACGAAGAUGCAUGCAUACACCAGCCAUAA